GCGGGCGACGCCUGCUACGACGAGGCGGGCGGCCCCCGGCGCUGCAUCCCCGACUUCGUGAACGCGGCGUUCGGCAAGGCGGUGGAGGCGUCGUCCACGUGCGGCGAGGCGGGCCCGGUGCGCGUGUGCGACGCGCAGGGCGGCUGCCAGGUCUGCGACGACACGCACUCCCGGCGCCGCUUCCCGCCCGCCUUCCUGACCGACCUCAACAACCCCGCCAACGUGACGUGCUGGCGCUCCGAGCCGCAGCCGCCGCCCGCGUCCAGCGCCGCGCCGCCGGACAACGUGAGCCUCACGCUCAGCCUGGGCAAGAAGUACGAGCUGACGUACGUGAGCCUGCAGUUCUGCCCGCGCGCCGUCAAGCCCGACUCGCUGGCCAUCUACAAGUCCAUGGACUACGGCAAGACGUGGCAGCCGUGGCACUUCUACUCGUCGCAGUGCCGCCGCGUGUACGGCCGGCCCAACCGCGCCACCAUCACGCGCGCCAACGAGCAGGAGGCCCUCUGCACGGACGCGUCCUCGGCCUCGUCCAGGAUCGCCUUCAGCCUGCUGGAGGGCCGGCCCUCCGCCGCGGACUUCGACUACUCGCCCGUGCUGCAGGACUGGGUCACCGCCACCGACAUCAAAGUCGUCUUCAACCGCCUCAGCUUCCCGAAGGACAACGACGCGCUGCUGGAGGAGGACGACGACGACGACCUGGACGACGAUGACGCGUUCCUGGACGACCUGCCCAAGAAGGACCCGGUGCACGGUCGCGUGGCGCUGGCGCACAAGUACGCGCAGGUGCGGCACGCGCAGCACGCGCAGCACGCGAAGCAGGCGCACCACACCAGCCUGCCGGCGGCGGACGACGCCGACCUGGACGACGACGACGAGGUCAGCAACAUCCUGGAGGCGACGCCCGAGUCGCUGAGCGGCGCGUCGGCCUCGGCGUCUGGCACCAUGAGCUCGGCGUCGUCGCCGCCGGCCUCCACGUCGUCGUCCUCGGCGGGCGCGGUGGCGGCGGGCUACGCCGUCAGCGACCUGUCGGUCGGCGGGCGCUGCAAGUGCAACGGGCACGCGUCGCGCUGCUCGGCCAGCGGCGGCCAGCUGAGCUGCGACUGCAGGCACAACACGGCGGGCAGGGAGUGCGAGCGCUGCAAGCCCUUCCACUUCGACCGGCCCUGGGCGCGCGCCACCGCCAAGGACGCCAACGAGUGCAAAGCCUGCAACUGCAACGGCCACGCCCGCAAGUGCCGCUUCAACAUGGAGCUGUGGAAGCUGUCUGGCCGCGUGUCCGGCGGCGUGUGCCUCAAGUGCCGCCACUUCACGGCGGGCCGCCACUGCCACUACUGCCGCGAGGGCUACUACCGCGACGCCUCCAAGCCCAUCACGCACCGAAAGGCCUGCAAGCCGUGCGACUGCCACCCGAUCGGCGCCUCGGGCAAGACGUGCAACCAGACGAGCGGCCAGUGCCCCUGCAAGGACGGCGUGACCGGCACCACCUGCAACCGGUGCGCCAGGGGCUACCAGCAGAGCCGCUCGCACAUCGCGCCCUGCGUCAGGAUUCCCAAGGUGUCGGUGAUCCAGGCCGAGGCCGCCGCCGUGGACGAGGACGAGGAGGAGCCCACCAGCGAGGAGACGGCCUCAGAUCGCUGCGGCAAGUGCACAGCGAGCAGCAAGCGCCUCAACCUCAGCAAGUACUGCAAGCGUGACUACGCGCUGAUGGGCGAGGUGGUGGGUCGCGAGGCCGUGUCGGGCGACUGGGUGCAGUACACCCUGGCCGUGCACAGCGUGUUCAAGAAGGCCAGGGACUCCCGGCUGCGGCGCGGCUCCAUGUCGCUGUGGGUGCGCGUCAGCGACCUCAACUGCAACUGCCCGCGCAUCCACACGGGCCGGUCGUACCUGCUGCUGGGCCAGGAGCAUGACGGCCACGCCGGCCACGCGGCCCGGCCGGGGCUCACGGCGGGCAGGCACUCGGCCGUCAUCGAGUGGCGCGAGGAGUGGCACGCGCGCAUGCGGCGCUUCCAGCAGCGCUCCAAGAACUGCCCGUGACCGCGCCGGCACCGCGGGGAGUCCCCGUGGGGACCCGGCGAACCGGGGCUUCAGCUUCAGCAGAGCCGGUACACCGCACCGGACCUCCUUCGAUCUUCGAUCCUUCGAUCGCCGAGACCCGGGGCGCGAAAGACACCGGGACGUCCCGAUCCGAGCGGAGCGAAGAGCCCCCCAGCGAUACGCACCGACCAUACACUGAAAAACCAAACGUGGUCUAGACCACACCACUAGUGUGGUCAAAUGGG